AUGGGAAAUGAGAACAGCUUCCCAUCUGAGAUGUGCAACAACUUCGACGCGGAGGAGAUUAAAAGGCUGGGCAGAAGCUUCAAGAAGUUGGACUUGGACAAAUCGGGCACCCUGAGCGUAGAAGAAUUCAUGUCGCUGCCUGAGCUGAAGCAGAACCCACUGGUGGGCCGAGUGAUCGACAUCUUUGACACAGAUGGCAACGGGGAAGUGGACUUCCACGAGUUCAUCAUGGGCACCUCCCAGUUCAGCGUCAGAGGUGAUGAAGAGCAGAAGCUAAGGUUCGCCUUCAGAAUCUACGACAUGGACAAGGAUGGCUACAUCUCCAAUGGGGAGCUUUUCCAGGUGCUAAAGAUGAUGGUGGGGAACAACCUCACAGACUGGCAACUACAGCAGCUCGUGGACAAAAGCAUCUUGGUCCUGGAUAAGGACGGCGACGGCCGGAUAUCCUAUCAAGAGUUCUGUGAUGUAGUGAGACAAAUGGAGAUCCACAAGAAAUUUGUCGUCUUUAUAGAACACCGUCAAGAAGACUAA